AUGCAUCAACAGCCGACUCGUUCAGCACGAACACCACAACGACGAGCGCCAUUGAAUUCGUCAUCAGGUGAUUUGAGUGACUCAUCAUCAGUUCGUGCUACUGUUCCAAGUUCACAUCAGCCUAGUGAAUAUCAAUCCCCAUUACAUAUUAUCCCAUCGUCAUCAACAACGUUGAUGACAACUUCUCAACCAACACUUCAAGCACAAACGACAACUCAGGAAAAUUUUCUUAGUCAACCAUAUCAUUCAAAAACUGUUCCUUCAUUUGCUGAAACACAACUUCUAUCUAUUUAUUAUCUUAAUCGUAAUAUAACCAAUCAGCCUAUUGGUGGUGCAAAUCGUGACAGUUGUAUAUUUAUUGAACAACAAGAACGUAAACCAGUACGGUAUAGUGCAUCGUAUGAUCCAUCAGCAUCGACAAGAUCGACACAAACAUCACCACUAUUAGCCUUAAAACAAUUAUCAACAUAUGGGUCAACAUUAAUCGUUGAUUCAAGUCAACAAUCUAUAGGAACAAAUAAUCGUCUCUAUGAACAACGUUUAAAAAUACACUCUGGCAGUCAACGUUUAGCUAAUAAUCUAGCAUUAAUCAGUGAAACUGAUAUACCUUCGUCAUCAAGUGAACUUGUUGAAGAAUCUCGAUAUUCAUACGAAGAAUAUCUUAUACACGUUGAUGAUAAUCAAGAACAAAAAAAAUUGAUAUCUUCAUCAACACCAACUAGUGCAUCGUCAGUCACUACAAUUAUUGCUCAACAAUCUCCUCAACAGUCAACUCUUUCUCCGUCAAAACUAACAGAAAAAAAAAUGCUUCAUCCCGAAGAAUUUGAUUCUGAUCGUACAUCACGUUUGAGCGGUGAUGACAUUAAUACACAUUCAUCGACUAGUAGUAUGUCUGGCUCAUUUACCAAUCAUGAUUGGCCAACAGCAGGCGUCAAUAAUUCUUCGAAUCCUUCGAAUAAUUAUCCGAUUGUAAAUACUCGUCAAACAAUUGCAAAUCAAACAACACGAAUAUCAAGUUGGCCACCUGCUCCAAAUGAAGAACCACCGGUUGAUACACCAUUUGAAACAUCCUUUAUCUUAGAUGAAAGCGAUGAACAACGACGUCCAUCUCGUGUUCAAUUUGCUGAACAACUUGUUCGUGUUAUACCACCAUCAGCUACGAAUAGUCUUAGUGAAGAAUCUACUGCUGCUGUGACACCACCACCACCAACAACAGCAAGAACAAUGACGACAACGAGUUCUGCACCAGCUAUAACACCUCGAACAAGUACUACUCGACCAUAUUCAUCGAAAAUACAUGAACAAAACAAUGAUAUGGACAUUGAAGAAGAUGAUACAACAGCUACGACAACGACAUCCAGUAAUCAAGAAGUAAUAACUGGUCGUUUACAACGAACAAGUGGAUUAACAAAUCUUAAUGAAGUUAUGAUGACUAGACCAACAGUAGUACCACCACCACCACCACCACCUUCUGCUCCUCCUCCUCCUCCUCCUCCUGCUACUCCUCCAGCAACAGCCUCCGGUGUUGAUCCUCGUCUUGUUCGUGAUCAACUACAAAGGCUUGAUUAUAAACUUGUUGUUGAUACACGUCAGCCGAAAAAUCAAUCAAAAUGGGUCAAAGAUCAUAUGGAUGCUGCUGAUGUUCAAAAACUACCACUGCCACAAUCCAUAACAACAACAAUACCGACCGGUUCAGGUCGAGUUGGUGCACUUCGUUCAUUAUUCGAACAACAAAGUGGCCGUUCAUCUGAUUCAUCAACAUUAAAUAGUCCAACAGGGCAAAUACGGCGAACCGAUCCCGAAGAACGACCAUCAAGACAUGGUGAUGAAAUACGUUUUCGUAUCAAACAACCAAAAUCUGCAACCAUUCAUCAUGCUGAACCAGCUCAAAUUAUUCAACGUACAAAACAAUCAACAAAUAAUGCAUCUAGCGUAGUUCCAUUAACAUGGGAGGAUUUAGUUGGUGUUCAAGAAGAACAUCAAAAACAAUGGCGACCACAAUAUUCAUCAUAUCCAUUUGAACUUGAUGAAAUACAACAAAUUAUUGGUAAACGUAUCAACUCACUUGAUGAUACUGGCUAUUAUUCACAAAAUGAUCAUACAUGGCGAUGGAAUGAUAUAUUUUGGCGUAGUUUAACAUCAUUACAACAUGAUCAAUUGAACCGUCUUCUACAGUCACGUUCGCGACAAGAUAGUGGUGAUACACAGAUUAAUGAACAUAGCGAUCGUUCAGCUUAUCAAGGUGACUCAGAAGAUAAUACACCAAAAUUCAAUAAUAACAGUCGACGAAUACGUUCACAAAAUUCAUCUGAAGAAAAUCUUGCACCAACAACUAUUACUCGAACAAUUGUCGAAGAAACAAAACGUAUACAAUCGACUAUCAACGAUCCAGGUUUAACUGUCAGUGUAACUGGUGCUGGGGCAUGGCAACAACAAAAACAACCAACAGCAUCAACCGGUAUUGGUAAAUAUACUGAAACAAGUACUAUACAUGAAAAUCAUCCAUCUAUCAGUGUAUUUGGUUCAACACCAAAUGGAAAUUAUGCAAGAGUUGGCUCACAAGAAUCUAUUGCAUCAUCAACUAUUCAACCGCAAUCAUUUACGAAUAAAAAGCCCGAUAAUCAAAUGACCAUUAUUGAAUCUGGUUAUAAUUCGGCCGAUGAACCACUGCAGCAACAACAACAACAACAACAACAGCAACGAGCAAAUCUAUUUCGACCGAAUUCAAGUACAAUCAUUGAAGAAUCAUCAACUUCACAGCAUAUGGAUAUACAUAGUGGCAUAGCUGGUCUAGUUGCUGGACCUAGUUCAGUUAUCAUAUCAUCCAAUGAUAUACAACUACAAGAACAACCAAUAUAUGAAAAUCUUCGUCCAGAAUUAAUACGGCAACAAUUAAGUGAACCUGAUCUUGAUCCUUUAAGUUAUGAACAAUUUAUUUUUGAUUAUUUUUCAACAUAUGCAAAGCGUUUACGUAGUAACGAAAGAACACUUAUAUUAAUCAUUGAUGGGCAACAAAUACAAAUGCCACAUAUACGUGUACCUACAAAUGAUAGUUUAGUUCUAUCGAGAAAUGUCUAUUUAGAUGCCAUCGAUGAAUAUCCACCACCAUUUGAAACUGAAUCUGAUCAAUUAGUCAUAUUUAUACAUGGUGAAACUAUUAUUUUACCAGCUGAUCGCUGGCUAUUUUAUAAAAGAAAAUAUCAUAAUGCACAAUGGAUAAAUAAACUCGAGCGAAUCAAUCGACGUAUACCAACAAAUUUAAUGCCUAUUCUUCAAGAUUGGCUUUCUGAACAUACAACAUUUUUACUUGAAAGAAAUGAAAUGAACGUUGACGGUUUUAAUAUACCAUUGACAGGUAAAUUAGGUCAACGUAUAUUGGAUCUCUAUCAAAUUUUUCAAUUGCAAUCAAAUCAAAAUUCUUUUUGGAAUGAAAUAUUAAAAUAUUUAAUUCGUACAGGUUAUGUUUCAUUCGAUUCCGAUGAACAACUGAUACGUAUAGGAAAUAGUGAACUCGAUGCACAACGCAUUCUAUCAUCUCAACCAUCUCCAUCACCAGAAUUAAUUGAACGCGUAGGCAAUCUUCUACGUUCAUUAGAUAAUAUACAUUUUAAUAAUAGUAAUGGUACAUUAAUACUAGAUGAAAAUUUUGUUAUAUCAAACGAAUAUAUUCAUGAGCUCUUUCAAGAAUAUCAAGCCGGAGAAACACUAAAUGCUAAUCAAGUUGCUGACAUACUUUUACAUAUAUGUGACCGCGAAGAAGAUCAAGACGGUCAAUCAAUUCUAUUAUCAUUGGAUGGGCAAAUUCUAAAAUUGGCACCUCGCUCUACUAUUAUUGAAGAACAACAAAUAGACGAUGAUGAUGAUGGUGAUGAAGAUGAUGAUGUUCUUAUUCAGUGGCUAUCUGAUAAUGCCCGAUGGUCAACUGAAAACGGACAAGUAUUUCUCUUACGUUAUCGUACAAUGCCCAAUUAUUUAAUACGUAUAACAGGUGACGAGGGUUUACGUCUAUCAAAUCUUUUACAUCGUCAAACUUUACAUAUGAAUGAUCUCUUAGAUUGGCAUAAAAAACAUGUACAAAUAGAACGAAUUGACAAUUCUUUACGUAUGAUAAUAAAACCAAAUAGAAAUAUCGAGAUUGAUAGUUUACCUUUGGACGAGAAUGAAAAAAAACGAGAAAAAGUAAAAUCUACCAAUCAAAAAACUAGAAAUACAUUCGAACAACAAGAAGAAAAACCUUUAGUCUUUUUUGUUCCUUUUCAUCAGCAAACUCAAAACGGCAACGAAGAAGAAAAAAGAGAAAAAGAAAAUAAUUACCAACAUUCUACCUCUACUUCUUCUCUACUUCAACAAGAAGAACAGAAAAAAAUAAAAACUAACGACAGCGACGAAGAACGAGCCUUAUUCCUUGAAAGUAUUUCUUCACUAUUGCACUUUGUCAAUGCAAAUGGUAGUAAUGUUGGCACGCUCGAACUCAUUCAAGGUCGUCGCUUAAGACUUUCGUUAACCAAUAAUUCUCCUUUUUCUCAACAACAACAACAACUUGAAUUUAAUGAAGCAGAUACAAAACUACUUUACGAAGAGCUUGAUUUAGAUAUUGACGCUUGCGCCGAAAAUUUAAUCGAUUUGGUAUUUGAUAGAACUGAAUUCGACAACGAUAAACAACAUAUUCUCAUCUACUAUCAUAAUCAAAUGUUGAAAUUAAAGAAUUUCAAACAAAAAGUUUUGCAACCUGCAGCUAAAAAACUUCGAUUAACAUCAAAUAAAGUACCCACAGUUGAAUCACCCACACCGACAUCUCUCAAUGAAGAACAUGUUGAUACUCUAACACAAUGGCUUGAUCAAUUGAAUCGACAAGGCUUAAUAACAAUAACAGAACAAAACGAUAUUGUCAUUCUUCCUAAUGGCGACGAUGAUCAACAACAAAUUCUUAUUAACCAUGAUGAUGUUGAUAAAUAUAUGGAACAUAAAUUAAAUGCAGCAACUCCAGGCGAUGGAGGUGAAGUUAUCGUUAUGAAUGAUAUAGCAAGAAUUUUACUGCUAUAUAAAUAUGUUCAUUUUUCCGAGGGACAAUUAGUAUUCGGUACUCAACAUAUAGCAUUAGAUCGUAAUGAAUUAAUUUGGUUAAGAUCUAUUAUACGUGGCGUUAGAAUGGAAGAACUCAAUCGCGAAACUGCAGUUGAUUUAUUCGAUGGAGAAAAUACACAAGCACUUCAUAUACCCUAUGAACAUAUGCCACCAACAAAUGAUUCAUAUAUUGUUGCUAAUUAUUUAUAUCAAAACGGAACUGUUCGAUAUGAUAUUGACACAGGAAAUUAUGCAUAUCGUUAUAUACCACCUGAUAUACCAUUAGACGAAGAUACUAAUACACCUGAACGUAUUGGCCAACGACAAAUACUCUCAUCGCAUAUUCGUUAUGUUCAUGUUGAUGAAGAUAAAAAACUUAUUGAAUUAGAAUUUAUUCAUGAUCCAAAUCAUCGUUUAAAAUUACCAUCACGUUGGUAUCGUCAAGCUGCUGCUCAUCGUUUCGAGCGUUCCUACAUUAUUGACAUGCUACUUGCAAAUGGCGGUACUAUCGAUCGGGAUACAUUUACAUUUAAUGGUCGCAACUAUUCUUUACAAGUUCCACGUGUAGCAUCGACGUCGUCAGCUGGACCACCAGAAGCAACAAACCUUCACACACUAAAAUUAUCAUCAAAACAAAAACAAACUCUUAUUCAAAGUUACGUUGAAUUUAUCAAUAACCAAGAUGGUAUUAAACGUGAUAAUGUUAAUACAUUAAUAUUAUUAGAAAAUGAAACUGAUGGUUCACAAUUAUAUUUAACACCUGCACACAGCGAUUAUGUACAUCGAAAUCAGUAUCGUCGACAAGAUGUUAUUAGUUUACUUAAUAAACAUGGUCAAAUAAAACAAGAUGAAUUUGGCAAUUGGUUAUUAUUUUAUAAUAAUCAAUAUGUUCAAAUUCCACCAUCAAUUAUUCCAGCCGCAAUCAAAGAAAGUGUCUUACGUUCAUCAGGUCAACGAUUUGGUCGUCAAAAUGCAACGGGUGAUGAAGAUGAUAAACAAUUUCGUGCUCGUUUAGCACAAGAAACUGAAAAUGAAUUUAUUGAACGUUUUCAUUCAACAAUUGAUUACAUGUACAAUACUGGUUUAAUAACAUGCAAUAGACGUUUGAAAUUGGUUGAAAUUCAUUGCUCAAAUCAAACAUUAAAAAUACCAAUUGAUCAGCUGCGUUCAAUAGUUGAUUCACGUGUAUUAAAUUCAUCUGUUGAUAAUCUAUUACCAUUUGAAAGUCAACAAUUAUCAUAUUGGCUAUUAAAACAUUCGGAGUCAAUACGUAACACACGUGAGAGUUACAUAGAAUUAACACAUAAACAUAAGCAAUAUAAUUUGCCACCAAUAAAUCCUAAUGCAAAUCGUACUAAACCACAAACAGGCUUAUCAUCAACUACAAAACAUUUUGGUUUAACAUCAAAAGAUCCAACAUCAUUGUCACGAGUUGAUUUGUCAACAUCUCAUAAUCAAGAUCGUUGUGCACGUCAUUUGUUGGAAAAACUUGAUGAAUUUGGUGGUAUUUAUCUUGAUGAUGAUACACGUACACUUAUUCUAUCGAUGGCACCUGAUAAAAAACAACAGUUAAUUAUUCGCAAUCCUACUAUACCUGUUACAAGACAGACACUUACAGACUAUUUAAUAAAUCAUGGUCGUUUUGCAUUGAGUUCCGAUCGUACAAAUAUUGAAUAUCGUCAUUAUGAUGAUGGAAGAGUAUAUCGUUUUAGUCCGUUUAUAAACGAUUGGAUCAAUGCAUUUGAUGAAUCAAACGAACAACGUAUUGUACGAGCGCUAGGUGACAUUCUAUCUUUAAAUGGAAGAUUUUUACAACGUGCCGAUCGACAAAUAAUAAUAUCGUUGAGAAAUGGUGAACGUUUCAUCAUACCAAGUCAUAUUGGUUCACAAUUAAUUGGUCCUGUUAAUGGACAAACCGUAGCUGAGUUACUUGUUGAAUAUGCUGAUGAUAUACACGAAGAACAAGAUGGAAAAUAUUUAGUUAUAACACUUGGUGAUAAUACAUUACGUUUACCACAACAAAGACAAUUAAUGUCAUCGAAACCCAUAAGAACACCAACAAAAACACCGGUUGAUCCAAAAUUAAAAUUACUUUUUCCGUUUAAUAAAUCUUUAAGAGAAAUACAAAAAACUCCAUCAACAUCAACAUUAAAUUUUCUACCACCGGAUGCAUCCAAUGGUUAUGCUAUGGAUCCAUUACUUAUGCUUGCUAAUUAUAUAUAUCGUGCUGGUACGAUCUAUCAAGAUGAUCGUGGUCGUUUAGUUAUUAAAAUGAAUGAAGAUGAAAUUGUUGUGCCACGUAUCGAAGCAAUCAAUGCUAUUGAAACAAUAAAUACAUCGCCAAGUCGUACGGGUACUAUAAUAGCACGUUUAAUUGAUCGUAUUGGUAGAGUGCAAUCGAAUAGAGCUGGUGGUUUAAUAAUAACAAUUGGUAAAAGUUCAUUUGAAAUACCGAAAGAAUUAAUCGAUCGGGCUAAUCAAUUACAUCGUGAAACUAUUGAUAAAGAAAAUGAUCUUUCAAUUAAUGAUCCCGAUUUUGUGCAAGCAGGUUUGAACGGUUCAAUGACAUUAGCUGGUCGUUAUACACGACCACCGGGGCCCACACUUUUGCCAUCAUUACGUUUAUCGAAAUCUGUCGGUAGUUUAUCAACAUUAGCAAAUAGACAUCCAUGGUUUACUGAUGAUCAACAGAUGCUCUAUGCAAAUGAUGGUCGUGGUGAUGCGAGAUAUUUAAAUUUAGAUAAUUAUCCAUUAUCAUGGCAAAAAGAAGCACAUAAACAUGGUGUUGAUUGUGAAGUACGGACACUACGUAAUGUGGCACCAUACUUAAAUGUAUUAGGUUAUGUUGAAAAUGAUCCGAAAAAUGCUGUAACUAUAAAUGAUUUAACACGUUUACAUCCAGAAAUGUUAUCUCGUGGUAAAGUUACUGAUGAUCCAUAUUUAAAACAAUUAGAAAAUGAUCGUGCACAAGUGCAAACUAAAUUAUGUCCAAAACCACGUAUACUCGUUAUACCCGAUGAUGAAACAAUGUUAUCAUCAAAUCGUAAAACACGUUUCUAUGUACAAUAUAUGUAUGAAAAUGAUGCUGUACUCGGUGCCGAUCCCGCCUAUGUUAUGAUGUUGCCUAGUCGCUAUCCUGUACGACCAACACAACCACAAUUAAUAGCACCGCAUCAUUAUCGAGAUAUAACUUUACGCGGAGCACCUGUCUAUGUUCAUAAGAAAGGUGAAGGUGAAGUUUACUUUGAAAAUCUUGCACAAUAUUUAUCAACUGAACAUCGUGAUAUAUCACCACGUACCGUUCGUCGUAUGCUAAAUUUUUCAAAGCCUGAUGAAUAUCUUGAAUAUUUAAGCAAUAAAAUGCCAGCAGCUGAAGCUGAACAACUCGUACGAGAAAGUGAAGAGCCCUUAGGUGAAAUACCAACACGUUAUAGUAACAUAACAACAAGAACGAGUCGUGAUGAACUAAAUCGAAUUGAGAAUGAGGAUGAUGAAGAAUUAGAUGAAGAUUUGGAAAAUCAAUAUCUUGAGAAUGAUAAUCGACGACGAAUUGUUUCACCACGCACUUAUUAUAAUAUACAAAACGAUGCAACAAAUACAUUAGACGAACAACGUCGACCCUUAGUUGUAUAUCAAAAUCUUCCGAAUUCUUCAUCACAACAACCACUAUCAACAGUAACAUCAUCAACAAUAAGAAAACUUAUGGAACGAAGUCCAUCAACAUCAAGUCUUGGUUCAGACAUGCUAAUUGCUAAUUCAUUACCAACUCAUCGUACUGUUUUUGAUAAUCCACCACCACCACCGCGCAAUGAUAGAAAUCGGGGAAUCACAACAAUCAUAUCAUCCAAUCCGUUAAGUAGCCUUACUGAUGAAAAUUAUGGUCGACCUGUUUUACGUGGUCGAUCAACUAAUGGCGCUAGUGGUCAAAAUUCCACAUCGCCGGAAAAAACGGUGACAUUACCACGAAGUGCUACUUUAUCUGGACAGAGUAAUGAUGAAGAAAGUGACAGUCGAGUCAACGUUUCACGUAAUGUUAGUGCUGCUGCAAAAGCUGCUACAACUAAAUCGGAUAUAUUGAAAUCAGGAACAUCAUCAUCAGCUGCAUCAAGUCGCGAGCAAUCAUCUGUUACAUCAUCAUCAGUGGCACGAGCUCAGAGUUUGGUUUCACCAGCGCGUACAAGUGGUAGUAAAGUUGGUAGUGAUGAUACAAAAAAAGAAAAGAAAUCAAAAUUUCGAACACCAUCAUUUCUUAAAAAACGCAAAGAAAAAAAAGAAACUCCUACGAAAGAUAAGCCUUGA